AUGCCUUGGUCUUUGCCCUUCUUUCCGUAUCCGCCCGCAAAGGACGGAUACUGGGAGCCUGUCACUUCCACCUUGAACUGGUGCGAAGAGGACUAUUAUGCCACCGAGUACGCCGCAGAGAUUGUCAACACACUCACGAAUUUGCUGUUCAUGUGGCUUGGAGUCCAGGGGAUACGGAGCUGCCGUCGCAAUGGACAUGACCAAAUCUUCACGGUCGCCCUCAUUGGAUACCUAGUAGUCGGAACAGGGAGCUUCCUGUUUCACUCGACCCUCAAAUGCAAGUACCCCAUGCAACUAGUUGACGAACUCUCGAUGAUCUAUACCACAUGCCUUAUGGCCUAUGCCUCAUUCUCGUACUCCCGGUCCACCACCGUACGAGUCUGUCUCGGAGUCUCGCUCGCAGGUCUCGCUGUAUUCAUCACCCUGUACUACCACUACCUCCAAGACCCAGUCUUCCACCAGAACGCCUACGCGCUCCUGACCACCGUCGUCGUCCUGCGCAGCAUGCACACUAUGGAGGUGACCCUCCGACCCAAGUGGCGCCACUCGACGGAGCAGGACCGCCUAGCGCGCCAGAAGAAGGGACUCCCCGUUCCGACGAAGGAGCGCCAGCACUAUGAGAACGUGCGUGACGAGAAGACCCUCAAGACCAUGUGGUUCAUGGUGGCAUAUGGACUGAGCAUGUUUUUGGGGGGUUUCUUUAUCUGGAGCUUGGAUAACGUGUUCUGCUCUGACAUCCGCCGGAUGCGCCGCUCUGUUGGUCUUCCAUGGGGUAUCUUUUUGGAAGGCCAUGGCUGGUGGCAUAUCAUGACUGGCAUCGGUGCUUAUUUCUAUAUCACAUGGGGAAUCUGGCUCCGCCACUGCCUGAACAACCGGCAAGAAGAAUAUCACCUGCGCUGGGCGCACUUCUGGCAGAUCCCCGAAGUGAUUCGCACCUCGGGCGGGCCAUCCGAGAACGGGGUAUCCCGAGCCAAGAAGUCGACGUGA